ACACUUUGGACGUCAUACACCUCUCGAGCCGCCGCUUCCGCCUCUUCCACCACCGCCAUCGGUAGCUUGUCUGGGAAUAGCUCGCGCAGCACGCGAGCAUGGUGGAAGGCCAUGAGCCUGACUUCCUCGUUCUUCUCCACAUAAAUCCAUUUCUUGAUGGUCUGCCCCGUUCUCACGGAAGCGGGAAGUCUGGGACCGAUGCCUCCAAACAUCUCCAGCAGCGUAAUCGGCCGGUUGAAUGUCUCGAAGUUACCAACACAUGUGGUGGGCAUGCUGAGUCUCUCGAGUUACCUGCGCUUACCAAUCCUCCCCCCCUUCCCCCAGGGAGUGUAUUCGGACCAGGGGUGUGCAUUGAGCGGGUUGCCGGACCACUCGGUGGCGGUGGUGGGGUACAGCCUGGCGAGUGAGAGCGUGGCAGGGGACACGCCGCACUGGAUCGUGCGCAACUCAUGGGGGGACGCAUGGGGCGAGCACGGCCACAUGCGCAUCGCCAUGGCUGGCGGGGAUGGCGUCUGCAACAUGCAUGCCACGCCCGCCUCCUACCCCACCAUCGCCAGUGAGUUGCUGCUGCCAUCGCCACCUUGAGUCCUUGUGUGAACACUAUC